UAUUAAUUAAUUUAUUUUGGAUGUCUUAAAUCUUGAAGAAGGCAGCUAAAUACAGAACUGUAUCUACAAUACUCCAACAUGGGGAAGCCCAUUUACGUGAUCCAUAUACACUACCACCUGAGAUCAUUACUCCACCUCCACGUAAUUAAUGUUAGCAUAUAUAAAUUUAGCAAGAAAAGAGAGAAAGCCAGAUGAUAUUACUGAUUUCCCAGAGUAAAAAUUCGUACUUCUACCCGAAUCCAUCCCAUAUCCUGAAGGAAAGUACCGUCCUGCAUCAGUCCCUUAUGUUGCUGGUUUCUAUCCUUAUAAUUGCUAUCUCUAGAAGGGAAAGGUAUUUUGAAUUAGCUAAAUUAAGAUUUAUCAAUGGUGUUCAUGCGGUAUUUCAUAAUCGAAUCCUUGGUGUGAUGGAAUGUGCAAUGCAUCAGCUACAAGAAAUAGACCAAUUAAAUUUAAUGUCGAUACUUCUGGAUAUUAUAAACUAUGUAAUUGCAAAUAGAGUGCAAAUGCUCCCUUCUGUAAUGGCACACACAGGUAUUAAAGUAGUUGAAUUUCAAGAUAAGUGAUUCGUCAAUAUCAUGCUGGUUAUAGAGGAUUCUAUGAACUUUGGGGAUGGGCUGCCUUUAUGGGAACAACAGGAUUCAUCAUUUGGAAUUUCCAUAAUUGAUAGCAAAUAUCAUUAGAAAAACAAUAUUAUCAAAAAUAAA